UCUCUGGGCGUUGUAGUCCUGCUUCUGAAGCAGGUGCCCCUGAAUCCUGGCUGUGAGGGCCGCUGGAUGCACUACAACUCCCAGGGUGCACUGCGAGACCGGCCCUGGUUGUAGCUAGUGUUACCCACUUGCAGCUUCUGGCUGGAGCAAAGGCGGCUAUGUUGCGGAGCAGCUGCUGGCGGUUGGGAGGGCGAUUCGUCUGCCUGCGCCGUGGUCUGCAGGCCUCCGCCCAGAGCGGCCACCGGACCUUGGUCUCCUGUAUCGAUCCUUCCUUGGGACUAAAUGAAGAGCAGAAGGAAUUUCAGAAAGUGGCCUUUGACUUUGCUGCCCGGGAGAUGGCACCACAUAUGGCAGAGUGGGACCAAAAGGAACUGUUCCCAGUGGACGCGAUGCGGAAGGCUGCUCAGCUAGGCUUUGGGGGGGUCUAUGUACGAACAGACGUAGGUGGAUCUGGACUAUCCCGGCUCGAUACAUCUGUCAUCUUUGAAGCCUUGGCUACAGGUUGUACCAGCACCACAGCCUAUAUAAGCAUCCACAACAUGUGUGUCUGGAUGAUUGAUACGUUUGGAAAUGAGGAACAGAGGUACAAAUUUUGCCCACCGCUCUGUACCAUGGAGAAGUUCGCUUCCUACUGCCUCACCGAACCAGGAAGUGGCAGCGAUGCUGCCUCCCUUUUGACCUCAGCGAAACGACAAGGAGAUCAUUACAUCCUCAAUGGCUCCAAGGCCUUUAUCAGUGGUGGAGGUGAAUCAGACAUCUAUGUAGUCAUGUGCCGAACAGGAGGACCAGGCCCCAAAGGCAUCUCGUGUAUAGUUGUUGAAAAGGGGACCCCUGGCCUCAGCUUUGGCAAGAAGGAAAAAAAGGUGGGGUGGAACUCACAGCCAACCCGCGCCGUGAUCUUUGAAGAUUGUGCAGUCCCUGUGGCCAACAGAAUUGGGGACGAGGGGCAGGGCUUCGUCAUUGCCAUGAAAGGACUGAAUGGAGGGAGGAUCAAUGUUGCCUCCUGCUCUCUAGGAGCUGCUCAUGCUUCAGUCAUCCUCACCCGAGACUACCUCAACGUUCGGAAGCAGUUUGGAGAGCCUUUGGCCAGUAACCAGUACCUGCAAUUCAAACUGGCUGAUAUGGCAACAAGGCUGGUGGCCUCACGGCUGAUCAUCCGCAGUGCAGCGGUGGCUCUGCAGCAGGAGCGGGAAGAUGCAGUGGCCAUGUGCUCCAUGGCCAAGCUUUUCGCUACGGAUGAAUGCUUUGCUAUCUGCAACCAGGCUUUACAGAUGCAUGGAGGCUAUGGCUACCUGAAGGACUAUGCUGUUCAGCAGUAUGUGCGGGACUCCAGGGUCCAUCAAAUCCUAGAAGGUAGCAAUGAAGUGAUGAGGAUGCUGAUCUCACGAAGCCUGCUUCAGGAGUAGCACCCAGACUUGAUGUUCGGGCGUGACGGUUAAUGUGUGACUCGAAUCAGCAUUGAGUGUUCAUGUGGACUGUUAUGUUACAGAAGUCAUGGAUUAGAUUGGAGGCCUGAGCUCUUUCACCUGGAUCCUUCAUCUGUGUGUUGGGAGCAGUAUCAGCUAAAAGACUGGAGCAGAGUCUUGAGCAGAAGUGGAAGAGCUGCCCUGAUUGGGAGUGUCUCAAGAAGACAUACUAGUGCAGAAAGGUGACCAGUAAAGAUUCAUCACCAAAUCAACAUCCUUUCUUGGAUCUACAUUGUUUUGACUUGGGUGCAUUUUGCUGAUUCUCUGAGUCCCGCUUCCAGGGGUCUGGAUAUUAACAUUGAGGGUUUUUCCUGAUUAUAAAGCAAAUGUAUGGGAGAGGAGAAAUGGAGAAAAAAAUGUCCUUCUGUCUUUUGCUGUCCUCUGUACCUCAGCUGAACAUGCAGAAGGUUGCAUUUUCUUUGUAGUACUGCUGUGAAUGUGAAUCAUGAUAAAAUGAGUAUUCGGGCAACCUAACCCCUAAACUGUGAUUUAGGGGAUACCCAUACUUGUGGACUUGUGAACAUCAAAGCCUGAGAUUAUAUGGAACUCUAAAUAUUUGUUAUAUUCUUUUUUAGAAAUGUGUGAUCUAGGAAUGUAUUCAGGUUUCUAUAACCCUUCCUGAUAAGUACUUUGAGCAUAUUUCUUUCUGCAUUUUUGUUUCCUUUCUUGAAGUUGCUCCUCUUUGUAAAAUUUUAGUCACCACAUUGAUAAAUAAAAUCUAUCUCCCUCAGUA